AUGUUCACGGGGUGCACCCAGACCGAGGAGAAGCACACGUGGGACAGCAAGAUGAUCCCCAUCCCCUCCGACUGGGAGGGCACCGUCCUCGGGGGCAGCCGCGCGGAGUACUCGGUGCCAGCCGCUGGCGAUGACGAGGAGAAGAUGGGCAACUCGCUGUUCUGCUUCAUGGCCUAUCUGCCCGACUCGUCAGAGGUGGGCCUCAUGGAGGUCGCGAAGGAGCUGAACGCGAGCAUCUUCGGCUGCGACUCCAGCUCAAUCUACGAGUCCUGGUCGUCGGGCUCUGCGGGCUGGGACACUGGCGAGUCCACGAUCACCAACACCGACGUCUUCCUCAACGUGUGGCAGCAGGUGUUCGAGGAGGGCAAGUGGCUGACGGCGGACUGGACCGUCAAGGUGGACCCGGACGCGGUGCUCGUCGCCGAGCGCCUGAAGGGGCACAUCUGGGACCUGAAUGCGCCGGCCUACAGGCCCAUCUACCUGAAGAACAACGGCAUGGACCCAGGCUUGGGCAACAAUGGCUUCCUCGGUGCAAUCGAGGUCUUCUCGCAAGCGGCCGUCGAGAUAUACUUCGACAAUUGGGAGGGCUGCAGGGACGCCUACGGCCUCAACACUGGCGAGGACUGA